AUGAAGCUCUUUUCAGACAUGACCCCACUCUCAACUGCUGCAAUACUGAACAAUCGAAUAUUGGUUACGUCUGCCAACUUCCUGAUGCCUCACAUCCACAGGCAGACGGACCUUCGUAUCUGGGCUUUAGGAAGAUCGGGGCUGUACAACACGCCCUAUCGUUACCGAGUCUGGCGGAUCUGGCGUGUGUUCAGCCCCAGUGCGAACCCCGAACACCAGCACGGGCCGAAGGGAGAACACACCCCGCGACACGAUUUGGCAAUAAUCUUCACCCGGGAUCAGAUGUUCGUGUUCUGGAAGCCGUCCAACACUGAGCAGUACGCGUACCAGGCCUGGCUGAUUUAUCCUCACUGGACGAUAAUUAACACAAAAACUGAUGAUGAAGAUAAGCUUCUGUUUGCUGGGUCAGGGUAUGAGUAUAUGGAACACGUUCGGGAGAACUACAAAAUCUUCUUUUCGACACCCAAAGAAGAGGAUAUUGUUGACUGUUCAAAAUAUAUACCCAAAUUUUGGGGAAAGUUUAUAUGUAUUAGGAAUGUAAUGCGGUAUUCUGGGGUACAGAACGGUGGUCCUCUGUUGCUAGGGUCGCAUAUUCUUGGGGUAGGUUGCUUCGAGAUUCGGGUGAAUGAGGAAAGGAUUCUUGUGUUCACUGAUAUGAGAUACUAUGUCCAUAUUAUAAAACAAGUGGCGGAACUGAAGGCUCAUCAGUAUUAUGAAUACGCGUAUCCCCAGUGGGGGAUCUACUAUGGAUACUUUGGUACAAUAUACGGGAAUUCUCCCAGAAUUCCUUCGAUCUACACUCCAUGGUGGGUGAGGAUAGAUCACCUUGGCUAA